CGGAGUGACUACUCGUCAGGCGCGCAGCAGUCCUGCUCCUACCCAGUUCCUGUUUCCGCCUUCUGUCUUCAGACAGUUUACAACUCAAAGCAUCAUGUUCAGGCAGAAUAUAGACCUUGAAGAAAUGCAAGCUCAAUGAGAUAAAGCCAGCCCCUCUGGGACAAUUAAGCAUCCCAGAAGCCAAGCGCUUAGAGCCGUUGGUGGUUCUGUGGGAGGAUGCACUACCAAGGGGAAUGGCAGGAAGUCUUUACCUGAUCCCGGCCCACUCCUCCACUCCCUGUCAUCGAUGGCCAUCCAGCAUACACUAUGAGAUGCCUCCUGAGUGUUCGACCGUGGGGCAGGGGUUUCCAGUACCUGGUUGACUGGGAGGUUUAUGGCCCGGAGGAGAGGGCUGGGUACCUGCUAGAGACUUCCUGGACCCAGCCCUCAUUGCCGACUUCCACCGCCGGCACCCCGGUCAAUCAGGAAGAAGUUGUUCUCUGAAUUCCCAAGUGAGGAUUCUGUGAGGCUUCUAAAAAAAGAAGACCACUGAGAGCCAGAGAGACUGAGCCAUCUGCCAGUCAGUCAGAGGACUGCAGAGACACAGAGGGUGACACCAGUGAGCUGGCCAGACUACCAGAGCCCGGCUCAGCACAAGCCCAAACCAGCCUAGCCCAGAGAGGGCCCACCCAGGAAGGCAGGCCACAACAAUGGAACUCAACCCAUCCUAACCCCCUGCAGGAACCAUAGCCAUGCAUUAACUAACCCCACCAACCAAACCCCAACUGGACCACGCUCACCUCCUCCGUUCUCCCUCCACCCUACGCCCUCCAUCGCCGUUCUCACCAUGCUUCAGAGCCUAUUGUGACGGGAGUGCUGCUCACCCCCCCCCAUCCCUCACCCCUCCACCCCAGAGACCCCAAAGGGGUGAAAGAUGCGGCCAUGGGCAGGUUCGUGGCGCUGGAUUAUGCUGGUGCUCCUUGCGUGGGGUACACUGCUGUUCUACAUCGGAGGACACCUGGUUAGGGACAGCGAGCAUCCGGAGAGAUCCAGCAGAGACCUGUCCAAGAUCCUGGCCAAGCUGGAGAGACUGAAACAGCAGAAUGAGGACCUGAGACGCAUGGCUGAGACACUCAGGUUACCAGAGGGUCAGUCUGACGGGGGCCAGGUGGUGAGCGCAGGGAGACUGCGGACCUUGGAGGAACAGCUGAUCAGAGCUAAAGAACAGAUCAACUCCUAUCGUAGCCUGCCUGGAGAUGGGCCAGGUAGGAACCAGGAGGAGCUGCGGAGGAAGAUAGAGAACGGGGUGAAGGAGAUCUGGUACUUUGUCCGCAGUGAGGUCAAGAAGCUGGGUCACAUGGAGCAGGGGGACCUGCAGAAACACAUCGACACACUGCUGCAGGAGCUGGGACACCAGCAGAGGUCGAUCAUGACUGACCUGCACUACCUGAGCCAGGCUGAUGGAGCAGGAGACUGGAGAGAGAAGGAGGCCAAGGACCUGUCUGACAUGGUACAGAAUAGGAUCACAUACCUCCAGAACCCCCAGGACUGCUCCAAGGCCAGGAAGCUGGUGUGUAACAUCAACAAGGGCUGUGGCUACGGCUGCCAGCUGCACCACGUGGUCUACUGCUUCAUGAUCGCCUACGGCACCCAGCGUACCCUCAUCCUGGAGUCCCAGAACUGGCGCUACGCCACGGGCGGCUGGGAGACAGUCUUCCUCCCAGUCAGUCAGACAUGCACCGACCGCACCGGGGUCACCACCGGACACUGGUCAGGUGAGGCUAACGACAGAGACAUCCAGGUGGUAGAGUUACCCAUCGUUGACAGUCUCCACCCCCGCCCCCCCUACCUGCCCCUGGCUAUCCCAGAGGAUCUGGCCCAGCGCCUCCACCGACUCCAUGGAGACCCGUCCGUGUGGUGGGUGUCUCAGUUGGUCAAGUACCUGAUCCGGCCCCAGGCCUGGCUGGAGAAAGAGAUCCAGGAUACCACCGCCAAACUGGGCUUCAGCCACCCCAUCAUAGGGGUCCAUGUGCGACGGACAGAUAAAGUGGGGACAGAGGCAGCCUUCCACCCUAUAGAGGAGUACAUGGUUCAUGUAGAAGACCACUUCCAACAUCUGGCUAGACGCAUGCUGGUGAACAAGAAGAGAGUCUACCUGGCCACCGACGACCCCGCACUACUAAAGGAGGCCAAGGCUAAGUACCCAGACUAUGAGUUCAUCAGUGAUAACUCCAUCUCGUGGUCUGCGGGGCUACAUAACCGCUACACUGAGAAUUCACUGAGAGGAGUCAUCCUGGACAUUCACUUCCUGUCACAGACCAACUUCCUGGUCUGCACCUUCUCCUCACAGGUGUGUCGUGUGGCAUAUGAAAUCAUGCAGACCCUCCAUCCGGACGCCUCGUCUCACUUCCACUCCCUGGAUGACAUCUACUACUUUGGUGGCCAGAACGCCCACAACCAGCUAGCCGUGUAUGCCCACCAGCCCCGCAGCCCCGACGACAUCCCCCUGGAGCCCGGCGACCUGAUCGGGGUGGCGGGGAACCACUGGGACGGAAACUCCAAGGGCAUCAACCGCAAGACGGGACGUACCGGCCUCUACCCGUCCUACAAGGUGAAGGAGAAGAUCGAGACCAUCAAGUAUCCUACGUACCCCGAGGCAGACAAGAUGCUGAAUCAGUAGAGAGAGACUGAGAUGCAGACUGAGAUGCAGACUAAGAUACAGACUGAGAUGCAGAAUGAGGUACAGACUGAGAUGCAGAAUGAAAUGCAGACUGAGAUGCAGACUGAGUUGCAGACUGAGGUGCAGACUGAUAUACAGACUGAGAUGCAGACUGAAAUACAGACUGAGAUACAGACUGAGAUACAGACUGAGAUGCAGACUGAUAUACAGACUGAGAUGCAGACUGAGAUACAGACUGAGAUACAGACUGAGAUACAGACUGAGAUGCAGACUGAGAUGCAGACUGAGGCACAAACUGAGAUACAGACUGAGAUACAGACUGAUAUGCCGACUGAUAUGCCGACUGAGAUACAGACGGAGAUGCAGACUGAGAUGCAGACUGAAAUGCAGACUGAGAUGGCAGACUGAGAGACAUACUGAGAUGCAGACUGAGAUGCAGACUGAGAUGCAGACUGAGAUGCAGACUGAGAGGCAGACUGAAAUGCAGACUGAGAUGGCAGACUGAGAGACAGACUGAGAUGCAGACUGAGAUGCAGACUGAGUUGCAGACUGAGACGCAGACUGAGAUGCAGACUGAGAUACAGACUGAGAUACAGACUGAGAUACAGACUGAGAUGCAGACUGAGACGCAGACUGAGGCACAAACUGAGAUACAGACUGAGAUACAGACUGAUAUGCCGACUGAUAUGCCGACUGAGAUACAGACGGAGAUGCAGACUGAGAGGCAGACUGAAAUGCAGACUGAGAUGGCAGACUGAGAGACAGACUGAGAUGCAGACUGAGAUGCAGACUGAGUUGCAGACUGAGACGCAGACUGAGACGCAGACUGAGAUGCAGACUGAGACGCAGACUGAGAUACAGACCGGAGAUACAGACUGAGAUGCAGACUGAUAUACAGACUGAGAUACAGACGCACACUGCUCACUUAUGAGAGGAGAGAGACCCUCAGGCCGGUAGAGGGGACGAGGAGGAAAGCACUUUGAACGAGUGGUGGUGUUUGUCGGUGGAAGGGUUUGCGUGUGUGAGUGUGUUCAUGCUUGCUUGCAUGUGUGCGCGUGCGUGAGUGACAGAGGAGUAUCUACAGGGAAUCUGACGUACUCCUCACCCUCCUGACCCUCGGGGACUAGGACCCUCCAGUGGAUCCCUCCAUCAGGAUGGUUAAUAAGACAACAAUGAACGAAUGAAUGAACGACAAUAAGAAAUACACGAAGGAUAGCACUCCGGUGGAAUGAUGAAGGGAUCGUCCAAUCGCAGCUCUUUAUUUAAAUAAUAAUUGAAAUAACUGAGAAACCUCAGAAUGAUGACUGAAACAAAGAAUUAUAAAGAGAUCCAAUUGUGAACUACAAGAACCAACAAACAAACUCUUGACUUUCUCCUCUCCUCCUGUGCUGUUCUCUUCUCUGUUCUGUUCUCUUCUCUGUUCUCGUCUCUGUUCUCUUCUCUGUUCUAUUCUCUUCUCUGUUCUCUUCUCUGUUCUCGUCUCUGUUCUAUUCUCUUCUCUGUUCUCAUCUCUGUUCUAUUCUCUGUUCUCUUCUCUGUUCUCGUCUCUGUUCUCUUCUCUGUUCUCUUCUCUGUUCUAUUCUCUUCUCUGUUCUCAUCUUUGUUCUCUUCUCUGUUCUCUUCUCUGUUCUCAUCUUUGUUCUCUUCUCUGUUCUCUUCUUUGUUCUCUUCUCUGUUCUCUUCUCUGUUCUCGUCUCUGUUCUCUUCUCUGUUCUCGUCUCUGUUCUCUUCUCUGUUCUCUUCUCUGUUCUAUUCUCUUCUCUGUUCUCAUCUUUGUUCUCUUCUCUGUUCUCUUCUCUGUUCUCUUCUCUGUUCUCGUCUCUGUUCUCUUCUCUGUUCUCUUCUCUGUUCUCUUCUCUGUUCUAUUCUCUGUUCUGUUCUCUUCUCUGUUCUCUUCUCUGUUCUCUUCUCUGUUCUGUUCUCUUCUCUGUUCUCAUCUUUGUUCUCUUCUCUGUUCUCUUCUCUGUUCUCGUCUCUGUUCUCGUCUCUGUUCUCUUCUCUGUUCUCUUCUUUGUUCUCUUCUCUGUUCUCUUCUCUGUUCUCGUCUCUGUUGUCGUCUCUGUUCUCGUCUCUGUUCUCGUCUCUGUUCUUGUCUCUGUUCUCGUCUCUGUUCUCUUCUCUGUUCUAUUCUCUGUUGUCGUCUCUGUUCUUGUCUCUGUUCUCGUCUCUGUUCUCUUCUCUGUUCUAUUCUCUGUUGUCGUCUCUGUUCUCUUCUCUGUUCUCGUCUCUGUUCUCGUCUCUGUUCUCGUCUCUGUUCUCGUCUCUGUUCUCUUCUCUGUUCUCGUCUCUGUUCUCUUCUCUGUUCUCGUCUCUGUUCUCAUCUCUGUUCGCGUCUCGUCUCUGUUCUAUUCUCUGUUCUCUUCUCUGUUCUCUUCUCUGUUCUCUUUGUUCUCUUCUCUGUUCUCUUUGUUCUCUUCUCUGUUCUCGUCUCUGUUCUCGUCUUUGUUCUCUUCUCUGUUCUCUUCUCGUGGACUGCAUCGACCUCCCAUUCUUGUUGUAGCCAAAUGUUUUCUUCCUUCCUUCCAUCUUACCUUCCUUCCUGCCUCUCAUUCCUCUCCUCCUUUCACUCCUUUCUUCACUCACUCCAUUUCAAUUUACCCCAACUUAUGCAUCUUUUCUUUUCCACUUGCUAUGAAUUUUUCCCCUCCACAUUGUGCUUUUGGAUAAGUGGUUUUAAUAUUUUAAUAUUGGUUGUUGGUGUGUGUGUGAGAGCAUGCUCCUGUGUGAGCAUUCGAGCGUAUGAGUGUGUGUGUGUGUUGUGAGUCCAAAUAUGGUGCCUACAAAGGAAAAUGGCUUCUGUACGUCUUCUCUCCAAAUGUCUCUGUUAGAGUGUCAAAGUGACGUCAGAGCCAUAAGGACUCAGGCCUUGCCAUACAGAUACUGUACAUGCAGAAUACUGUACAUGCAGAAUACUGUACAUGCAGAAUACAACAUAUGCAGAAUUCUGUACAUGCAGAAUACUACAUGCAGAAUACUGUACAUGCAGAAUACUGUACAUGCAGAAUACUGUACAUGCCGAAUAAAACAUAUGCAGAAUUCUGUACAUGCAGAAUACUACAUGCAGAAUACUGUGCAUGCGAAAUACAACAUAUGCAGAAUACUACAUGCAUAAUUCAGAACAUGCAGAAUACUGUACAUGCAGAAUACUGCAUGCAGAAUACUACAUGCAGAAUACUACAUGCAGAAUAAUACAUGCAGAAUAUUGUACUUGCAGAAUAUUGUACUUGCAAAAUAUUGUACUUGCAGAAUACACCACACAGAAUACUACAUGCAGAAUACUGUACACUCCAGUCCGGACUCACUUAACUACGUCUUACUCAUAUUCUGUUCUUAAUGUCAUUUUUUAAAACUUUUUUAAUAUUAUUGAAUUCUAAAGGAAAACAGAAGAACGAAAAGUGAGGAAAAUCUACAUUUUAAAUGAUUACGAACAAUGAUUAUCAACAAAUAAUGAAAAAACAAUUGAUGAAGAUAAUGAUGUCCACCAUGAAGCAAUGCUAAUAUUGAAGUUGCUGGGCAUUGUCUUUGAAUAAAAUCAGAUGAAAUCAA